AUGAAGCUAAAGAUACUUCAACAUAAAGUUAAUUUGAUGUUAACGGAGGAGAUGGAGAAUAAAAUUAAAUAUGCCAAACUAAACUACUUUGAAAAUGCAAACAAGCCUACAAGAUGGCUAGCAUAUAAGCUAAGGAAAGAAAAUACCAAAAGACAAAUAAUGUCACUGAAUGAUGAAAAAGGAGAGGAGAAAGUUCUUCAGGAAGAAAUAAGGAAGGUGGUUGAAUCCUACUACAAGAAGCUCCAUGGGAAAAUGACUGCCCAACCAGAGCAACAAGAUGACUAUCUGAAAAAAAUGAGAUUGAAGAAAUUUAGUGAGGAACAGAGGAAAAUUCUAAAUGACCCAAUCACUAUGAAUGAAAUAAUACAGGCCUUUAAAAAGCAAAACAAGGGAAAAUCUCCAGGCCCAGAUGGCAUACCAGCUGAAUAUUAUCAAUGCUUUGAAGAAACCUUAAUUCCUCCCUUUAAGAAGCUGAUGGAAGAAAUACGGGAUACAGAAUCCAUACCAGAAACAUGGAAAGAAGCUACAAUAUCAUUAAUACCAAAGGAUGGAACAGAUUUGAAAGAAAUUAAAAACUAUAGAUCAAUCUCCCUGCUGAAUGUAGACUAUAAAAUCUUUGCAACUAUAUUAUCAAGGAAAAUGAGGAAACUAAUGGACCAGAUAAUCCACCAAGAUCAGGCCAGCUUUCUAACAGGACGACAGACUAGCCAUAAUAUAAGAAAAAUACUAAACAUUUUGGAGUAUUACGAGGCUCAUCCAGAAAAACAAAUGGCUCUGAUGUUCCUUGAUGCAGAGAAGGCGUUUGACAAACUCAAUUGGCAAUUAAUGUUUAAACAACUAGACGAGAUGCAGUGUGGAGAAAAUUUUCUCAGAAUAAUUCAAGGAAUUUAUGAUAAACAAAGGACUAGAAUCUCAAUUAAUGGCCAACUAACAGAAUUGAUAGAAAAAGGAACAAGACAAGGUUGUCCAUUAUCUCCUCUCUUGUUUAUACUGACACUGGAACCACUUAUGGACAAGAUCCGAAACUCAGAUGAGAUCAGAGGAGCCAAAAUUAAGAAGCAAGAAUACAAAGUACAAGCAUUUGCAGACGACUUAGUUUUUAUUUUAGAAGACCCUUUAACAUCAAUACAGAAGCUCUUGCAGGAAAUCAAGGAGUAUGGAGCUUUGGCGGGAUUAAAAAUAAAUAUUCAAAAGACAAAGUUGAUUACUAAAAACAUCCAAAAACGACAGAUGGAAGAAUUAACUCAAAAAUCGCAACUAGUAAUUGAAAAGAAGAUAAAAUAUUUAGGAAUUUGGAUGACUAACAGAUGUAGCUCCUUAUAUGAAAAUAAUUAUGGGAUACUGAUAAAAACAAUAAAAAAAUUGGAAAGAUGGAAAGAUCUUCAGGUAUCACUGACGGGAAGAAUAGCAGCGAUAAAAAUGAAUGUUCUCCCAAGAGUUCUAUUUCUGUUUCAAAAUAUUCCAUUAGGAAUACCCCAAGUAUUCUUUAAAGACCUUAAUCGGGCUGUACAAUCUUUUAUUUGGCAGAACAAAAAACCACGAAUCAAGCUGAAAGCCCUACAAGAUAUUAAGGAAAAAGCAGGCUUUGCCCUACCAGAUUGGUUCUUAUAUUAUAAGGCUUGUGUGCUGACCUGGCUGAGAGAGUGGAUCACUUUGGAAAACGAAAGACUUUUAAACCUGGAAGGACAUGACGUAUUGAUGGGCUGGCACGCGUUUCUCUGGUAUAAAAAAUGGGAAAAUCAUAAAUAUUUUAAAAAUCACUGGAUAAGGAAAGCACUAGUACUGGUCUGGGAAAGAAUAAGAUCUACCUUUUAUGAGAAAAUUCCUUUGUGGGUUUCCCCAAUUGAAGCUUUUACACGUCCUUUGUUGAAAAAAGAGGGAAAAACUCCUACCUACAAGAUCUUACUGAAACCAGCUGGGCUAUUAAAAAAUCCAAAAGAAAUGGCGGAGCUAGACAUUGAGUUGGGAUGGCAUGAAGGACCCAUUAAGAAGGUCUUCCCCAAGCACCUGAUGGAUCCUGCUUGCUCCCUGUCAGCAUUUGGGGAUUUCCCCUCCUUGGCUGCAGAUGAUUCUGUCAAGGCCCUGACCACUCUCUGGAACAGAGAGAUGCCCAGGGCUUUUGACACAAUCACCCCUCAGUGCCCUCUCAUCCCAGACAGAGCAAAGCAGUCUCCCUGGUUUAGCCUCAAGGAAGUGGACUCUGACCACAUGAUGGCCCUCUGUGAUCAAUUUUCUACUUACUUUGCAGACAUAAUUGACCAGAUCUGUUCUGAGAUAGAUGCUGGCAUGGAUGCAUGUUCAGAUGAUGUACCUUUGGCACCUGCAAGUCCAGUUUAUAUGGAUACUUUUCAGCAUGUGGAGCCCGAGGAGGUGGAUAAGAUCCUUGGAGAGGCGAGACCUACCACCUGUGCUCUUGACCCUUGCCCUUUCUGGUUGAUAAAAGCUGUCAGAGGGGGACUGGCCAAGUGGGGAGCUAUAGCUGAUAGAAAAAAGCUAUCUGGAGCUGGGUUCCUCAAACAAAGGAGAGAAAAAGAAAAGGAGCAAGCAAAGCAACAGGGUGCCUUGCGGAAAUACCUUUGUAAACAGAGAGCAAUUGAUAAACAAGAAUGUGAGUCCCCUGAAGAAACUCCAAGUACAAGUUAUGCUGCAACUACAAUUGAUGAUCCUCCAACUAGCCUUGAAAGACCCACUGAGGGAGCUGAGCCUGGAUGUGAUGCUCCCAGUAGGAGUCAUGCUGCAACUACAACUGCUCCUCUGACUCCCCUUGAAACUCCCAAUGUAGAUGAUGAAAAAGAGGUUUUAAAGAAAAGUGAAAGUACUGAGAGAACAGCAGAAGAUGUUCCUCCUGCCAGUUACAGUGACCCUGCUGACUGGCCUGACAGCUGCAAUGAUAAUUUGCGACAGUUUAUAGUACAACAGGGACCAAAGCAGGUUGUAAAAUAUGUUUUCUCCAGAGACUCACAAAACAGAAGAUUUUUUCCUAUGCACUACAAGAGGAAGAUGCCAAAUGGUGAACAAGUGCUCUGUGAAUGGCUGAUAUAUUCCUCCUUGAAAGAUGUGUUUUUUUUUAUUUUUGCUGUAAGCUAUUUGGCAAAAGAACUGGAGCAACAUCAUCUCUACAAGAAGCAGGUUCAAAAGAGUGGAAGAACAUGGGAAGAGUUCUGUCUUCACAAGAGAAAUGCCCAUUUAGAAACCUACAAGACCUGGCAAGAACUUGAUGUCCGCUUAUCUAAAGGAAAAACAAUCGAUGAGAUUAACCAACAGAAAAUCAGGCAAGAAGAAGAGUAUUGGCGACAAAUCUUGGAACGCUUGAUUGGUUUGGCCAGAGUUCUUGCCAAGCAAAACUUGGCAUUCCGUGAUAGGAGCGAGAAGUUGUAUAAAGCUAACAAAGGAAAUUUUUUGAAGUUUGUAGAAUAUUUAGCCCUUUUUGAUCCUAUGAUGAACGAACAUUUGUACAGAGUUCAAGAGGAUGAAACAAUGGUUUAUUGCUUAGGAAAAGAUACCCAAAAUGAGCUUAUAUGGCUUCUAGCAGGUGCCAUACUGGAGAAAAUUUUAGCAUGUAUAAGGUCAACCAAAUACUAG